AUGGCCGCUUUCCAUCAAAAAUGCGGGGAUAGGGUGAUUUUAACAAAUAAUCAACAAACAGCCGUAAGAAAUUUUUCAGAAUUUAAUAACGGCAUCGUAUUAAGUAGCGAGCCUCUUUUGGAUAAUAGUUUGUUUCAAAUUAAUUCAUGGAGCGGCUCAAUCGAAAUAGGUGUGAUUUCAUGCAAUCCAGACAACUUGGAAUUGCCAGCAAGUGCUACUGAAUUAAAACAAAAUUGCUGGAUCUUGUCGGGAACUUCUAUUCUUCAAGAUGGCAAAAGUUCCGGAGAUGAAGCUUACGGAACAGACCUUGAGAAAUUGAGCGAAGGAGAUGUUGUUGGAGUUAUGAGAACUGAUAAAGGGGAACUAAAAUUUUUUAUCAAUGGUGAGUCACAAGGUGUUGCAGCCAGAAAUAUACCUGAAAAAGUCUAUGCUAUUGUCGACUUGUAUGGAAGAUGUGCUCAGGUUUCCAUUAUUCCUUCUUUACCCUCUUCUGAAAUGGCAAUAGAUUAUGCAAUUUCUGAAAGGCAAGAUGAAAGUCAAACUGCAGAUCUCAUGAACAAUCUUACAUUAAAUGUUAACAUUCCACAGACUGAUAUGCAAGGUAAACCAAUAUUAGGAGAUCGUUUACGAUUUCAUGCUAGACAUGGUAUGCUAGUCAAACUAAGUUGCAAUGCAAGGACUGCGGAAAGACUUAAACCAUUAGAUGAAUUUAAUAACGGAGUCGUAAUGACACAUAGACCACUCAAAAAUGAUGAAUUGUUUGAGAUUCGAAUCGAUAGAUUGGUAGAUAAAUGGUCUGGUAGUAUUGAAGUCGGAGUUACCACACACAAUCCAAAUAAGUUAGAAUUUCCUGCGACAAUGACUAAUAUGAGAUCAGGCACUACAAUAAUGUCCGGUUGUGGGAUUUUAACAAAUGGAAAAGGUACAAGAAGAGAAUAUGGAGAAUUUAAUUUAGAUGAAUUACAGGAAGGUGAUAGAAUAGCUAUGAUGAGAAAAAGUAAUGGGAAUCUUCAUUAUUUUAUUAACGGUUUAGACCAAGAUGUUGCUGCUGAAAAAGUACCUGAACUCGUAUGGGGUGUUGUUGAUCUUUAUGGUAUGACUGUCAAGGUGACAAUUGUAGACAGAGAUGAAAGAGAAGAACAAAAUUUAAUGACUAGGAGAAAUACAGAACUUAGAGAUUAUCAAAUAUCCCUUAGAACUUGCAAUUUUGCAGAAGAAGACGGAGGUGAUAGAUUAGCAUUUCAUCCAAAAUGCGGAACUCAUGCUGCAGUUAUAAACAACGGUAAAACAGUUCACAGACCGAAUGCCAUGGAUGAUUUCAAUAACGGAGUGGCUCUUACCAAUCGUCCGUUAAAACCAAACGAAAUAUUUGAAAUCAGGCUUGACAAAAUGGUGACGAAGUGGGCAGGAUCCAUCGAAAUCGGUGUCACCACGCACAGUCCAAACGAUUUAGAAUAUCCGACAACGAUGACAAACGUUAGAUCGGGAACGUGGAUGAUGACGGGUAAUGGCGUCAUGCACAACGGAUCAACAAUCAUCGACGAAUACGGUCAUAAUUUGGAUAGGCUAAAAAUUGGUGAUAGAGUGGGCGCGUCCAGAAAAGAAAAUGGAUCUCUUCAUUUUUACGUUAAUGGAGUCGAUCAAGGUGUAGCAGCCGUAAAUGUUCCAGAUUGUGUGUACGGAGUUAUCGACCUUUACGGUCAGGCGGCACAAGCCACAUUAAUUGAUGUUUUAGAUUACAGUCCAGAUACGGAUAAUUCAAGCGUGUCCAACACAACCCUCUACGGGGAUCUAAGAUUUUAUCACGUUCACGGGAGAAACGCAAGAGUUUUUAAUAAUGGGUUAACUGCCGCUCGAACCAGAACUUUUGGAGAAUUCAACCAUGCGAUUGUAAUAACGAAUAGGCCGUUAAAAGAAGAUGAAAUGUUUGAAAUAAAAAUCGAAACGUUAGUAGAUCGAUGGAGCGGAAGCAUAGAAGCGGGUGUGACAUCGAUUCGACCCGAUGAAUUUGAUUUUCCAAGCACUUUAACCGACAUGGAUCACAAUACGUGGAUGCUGUCGGGUUCUUCGGUGAUGAAAGACGGUUUGACACUUAAAAGUGGUUAUCCAUGCGAUUUGGAUACGCUUCCUAUCGGGACCAGAAUCGGAUUAAUGAGGCAUAGCGAUGCAACAUUGCAUUAUUACAUAAACGGUGUUGAUCAAGGUUCUGCAUGCGAAAACAUACCGCUCGGUGUUCAUGGCGUCAUUGAUUUGUACGGUCAAUGCGCUCAAGUUUCCAUAAUUAAUUCGUCGGAAAAAGUUUCUAAUCCUUGUGCUAAUACGAUGGUGAAUAGCGAAUACGCGUUGAACGCCCCGCAAAUUCCUCUAGAAGUUAUUCACAGUCUCAGUACGUGUAGUGGUAAGAAUAUAGUUUUGGAAAAUUGCAAUACUGUGGCUUACAGAAACAAAAAUUAUGCUCAUGGCUUGGUGUUCAGCGCUCAGCCAUUAGAAAAUGACGAGUAUUUCGAGGUAUCUUUAAUGGAGACUUCGAAACAAUGGUCGGGAUCUUUACAAAUCGGCGUGUCAACGAUCACCUUGUCCGACUCUUUUCAACCUGCCAACCUACCACCCGUCAUGUCUGGAAUUUCUUACGAUACUUGGUAUUUGUCGGGGAGCGAUGUUAAAAAAAACCACUCCACCCUCAAAACGAAUUAUUGUCCUAGUUUGGAAUGGUUAACUCCGGGUCACAAGGUGGGAGUUCGAAGAACGAACGAUGGAUGUUUAAAAUUUACUCUGGAUGGAAAUGAUUUGGGAGUUGCUGCAACAAACGUACCAAAGAAAAUUUAUGCUGUUGUGGAUGUUUUCGGAUCUGCGACGAAGAUUUCAGUCACGAGCAUGAAGCGUUCAGGACUUUUCCAAUCCAUAAACGAUUCAUCGGUGACAUCAAAUCAAUCGGCGAAAUUGCAAGAUUCCGUUGACACUUUAGGAGACGCCAUUCCCACAUCAUCGAAAUUAGAGUACGGGUAUGAUUCGGGCGGAGGAGGUGAAACGGGUACUUUGUCGUCCUACGACAUUCAUCCAAAUCUCACGAUUAAUCAAGGUCAAGGGGAUGAAUCGGCCGACACUAAUUUCGCAUUAAGUGAAUACCACGGUAGAAAUAUAAAAUUAUUAGAAAGAAAAUUGGGAGCGAAAAGAGUGGCGAGUUACAAUCAAGCCGUUGUUAUAUCACAGAAACCUUUGCAAAAAGGUCAUCCGUAUCAGUUUCGAAUCGAUAAAAUUAAUCCGGUUUGGUCUUGCGGGUUGGCUUUUGGUGUCACAUCCUUGCCCCCGAAUUCCGUACAAUCACCGAUCAACGCACUUUGUUUAAAAGAACAUUCUUGGAUCGUUUAUAAGGAUUUUAUAUUUAAAAAUGGGAAAAAAAUUCGCGAAGGUUACGGUAUAAAAAAUUUUAUAUUUUCCGUUGGAACGAUGAUAAAAAUUUUAGUUGACAACGAAUCCAAGCUACGAAUAUUUAUAAACGAUUGCGAUUUGGGUGUUGUCGCGAGCGAUUUACCCAAUCCCGUGUAUGCCGUCAUCGAUUUGAACGGUCGCUGCGAAGAGAUUUCCAUAGUUUCGGAAAAAAUACAAAUCCGAGGGAGCGAACUCCAGGAUUGUCAGAAAGAAAAAGCCGAUUCGGAAAUACAGGAAAAAUAUCCGGAGGAGGAAUCGAUUGAACAAUGUGGGAAAAAUCAAAAAAUGGACGUGAAACGUCGUCAUUCGAAAGAAAUGACGAAAACGGAACAAAAGUUGUCGAGUUCGGAUAGUUACAAUUCGGGAAUACAACAAAUAUCAUCCCAUGCGGCGUCGUGCAGUUUUCAAACGGACACGGAUAAUUUCAACACUCAAAUCCAACAAUUGACGAUUGAUUUGAAAUCGGAUUUAGAAAAAUCAUUGAGCGUGGAGGACGGCGAGUCCACCACCCUCAUGACCUCAUCCGACACGUACAACACGGAACUUCAAUUGUUAUCCGCGCAGGGAAAUUCGCAAACGAAUUUGGACGAUUUGAACAUUCAAAUACAACAGUUGACGACGUCGAAUUCCGGUCACGACAUAUCUUCGAAUUGCAUUCAAAACAUUUCGAGGAGUCAGAGUCAACCGUUUUUAAAUAAAAAUUUAAAAGAGAAUUUUACCAAAGAGGAAAAAUUAGACAAAAAAGAAAACAAGGAUCAAAUCGAAUUCGAGUCCUCGGAAGUUUCCGGUUCGGGAAUCGAAACGGGGGAAAACGAUGACGAGGAAAUUGAAAAUAGCGAUGUAAAUGGGGAUGAAAAAAAUGAAAAUGAAUCGUCGUCGACGUCGUAUUCUAGAAACAGUUUGAAAAAUAAUAUGAAAAUCAAACGACAGCAACAGCAGCAGCAGCAACAACAACAGCAACAACAUCAGCAACCCGUCGGCGGUUCUAAAUUGAUUAAUUUAUCUAGUCAGAAUUUAAGGAAUUCUCAAUCGACGAUCGAAAGAAGAAGACAUUGUGAUUAUUUUACUCUAUGUUUAAGAUUUAAAAAUACUUUGGGACUUCCGGAUGGUUUUUUUUCAAAAGAACCCGGUACUUGUUACUGCAAUAACUGUUACCAAGUACAAGCCGUCGAAGAAACGUAUAAAAUGAAGGGGGAUCCUCCGACGGAAUAUUCCAUACCGAUGGGUUGGGCUAAAUUUCCACUUAAGAAACAUCCAAGCGCCACGGAAAAAAUCGACACGUGGCAGGUAGCAUUCUACGGUACCAGACCGGAUGCCAUCAGAAGAAUUUUAGACCACGGCGAAUUAGUAUUACCCUGUUUGUUAGGAAUGGAGAGAACGAGGGUCAAAGCCAAAGAAGACGAAACGGAUAGUUCACACAUUGUUUUCUCCCCCUCCAUAAAAUAUGCGGCAUGCGAUUAUUUCGUGACCAAAUUUAGGUUUUACGAUUCUCGGACCAAGAAUAAAACGGAAGCAACGUUAGCAUUCCAAAUAUUGGUACAACCGGGUAGUUAUAAAGUCGGGCCACCGAGCGUGGACGUAUCAAAAGAAAUACCCGAUACCCGAUUCGAAAGAGAUGCCACGGAAUGGGUGACGAAAGAAAGAGGAGCAACGACUCUAUCGGCUCUUUUAAUCAAAUUGGAAGGAUAA